AUGUCAGUCUUGUUUCGUUAUGGUCAUUCCUCGUGGAAUAGAAUCAGCCCGUUGAAUUUGUCACUGAAACGUACUCAAAGCACAGUUUCAUCAUUAUUCAGUAAGAAUGGAACAAUCAAUCCAAAGAAACCGGUUAUUACGACACGCAGUGAAAUCAAAGAUGCGCGUCGUAUUAUUGUUAAACUGGGUACUGCUUUGAUUACACGUGAAAACGAAGAUGGUCUGGCAAUUGGUCGUCUAGCAUCAACAGUUGAACAGGUUUCGCAAUUGCAAAAUGAAGGUCGACAAAUGUUAUUAGUCACCAGUGGAGCAGUGGCGUUCGGUCGGCAAGUUCUACGUCAAGAAGCAAUGAUGACAAUGACCAUGAGAAAAUCUCUUUCACCAAAAGAUAUGCUGCAAAACAGUCGAGUAGCUAUACAAAGACAAGCGUGUGCGGCGUUUGGACAAAAAGGUCUCAUGUCAUUUUAUGAACGCAUGUUUCAACAAUAUAAUAUCGGCGUGGCACAAGUCCUAGUAACUAAGAGCGAUUUUUACAAUUCGCAUAGCCGAAAGAAUUUGCAAGCUACGUUGGAUGAGUUACUCAAUUUAAAUAUUAUUCCUAUUCUUAAUACCAAUGAUGCUGUUGCAGCAAUAUUAGACACAGAUGCCGAAGUGACAGCAGCUAAAGAUGGUAUAGUCAUCAAUGAUAAUGAUUCAUUAGCCGCACGAUUAGCUGUGUUAAUAUCAGCAGACUUGUUAUUGAUUAUGAGUGAUGUGAACGGUUUGUAUACAGGGCCACCGGAUCAGGAAGGUUCGAGAUUAUUGCAUACCUUUUGUCCAAAGCAAGAUGCACAAAUGAUUGCAUUUGGUGCUGGGUCUAAAGUGGGCACAGGUGGAAUGGAAUCGAAGGUCAAAUGCGCAUCAUGGGCAUUGGAGCAUAACGUUGGUGUUGUUAUUAGCAAUGGUCAACUCGACAAAGGAAUGUUGAAUAUUAUGGAUGGAAAACAAAUCGGAACAUUCUUUACAAAAGUUCCGAAUCAAGGUGUACCAGCUGAAGUACAAGCAGUAAAAGCACGCGAUGGUAGUCGGCAAUUACAAAAGCUGUCGAGCGACGAACGUCGAUCGAUUAUCAAUAAAAUGGCAUCGAAUUUACUUGAUUAUUCAAACGAUAUUCUUCAAGCGAAUAAGUUUGAUUUGGAACAGGCGAAAAAAACUGGUCUCAAAUCAUCAUUAGUCUCUCGUCUCGGCUUAUCAGAGAAGAAAUUACAAACCCUAUCUGUCGGUCUUCAACAGAUUGCGGAAAAAGCGGACGUACUUGGACAAACAGUUCGACGCACACGUCUUGCAGACGGUUUAAUGUUGAAACAAAUUACAACACCCAUUGGGGUUCUUUUGGUCAUAUUCGAAUCCCGACCCGAUAGUUUACCGCAAAUAGCGGCUCUCUCGAUAUGUUCUGGUAAUGGCCUUCUGUUGAAAGGCGGUUCCGAAGCAAAAUAUUCCAAUGAAAUUCUAACAAAAUUGAUGCAAGACGCACUCGAAUCUUAUGUUCCUCGUGAAACGAUUUCUUUAAUCAGCACCCGUGAACAAGUAUCAGACCUUCUUCAAUUAGGAAAAUACAUCGAUUUAGUGAUUCCACGUGGUUCAAAUGAUCUUGUCCGUUCUGUACAAAAACAAAGUUUACAAAUACCUGUCUUAGGUCAUGCAGAAGGCAUUUGUCAUGUCUACGUCGAUACAGAUGCAGAUUUAGAUAUGGCUUUACGCAUCAUUCGAGAUUCUAAAUGUGAUUAUCCAAGCGCAUGUAAUGCAAUGGAAACUUUACUUAUUCACAAGGACCUUGUUCGAACGCCAUUUUUUGAAUCAUUGAUUGACUUAUUACGGCUUGAAAAGGUCAAAGUAUACUCAGGUCCACGUUUGGCAACGAUGAUUCCAUUUCCGCCACCAUCAGCAACAUCUCUCUGUGUUGAAUACGGUGACUUGCAAUGUUCAAUCGAAGUCGUUGAUGACGUAAAAGACGCAAUCGAUCAUAUUAAUAAAUUUAGUUCAAACCAUACUGAUUCCAUUGUUACAGAAAAUCAGAAUACUGCUAGUAGUUUCCUUAAUAACGUAGAUAGCGCCUGCGUGUUUCAUAAUGUCAGUACACGUUUCUCCGACGGCUAUCGAUUCGGCUUAGGUGCUGAAGUUGGAAUCAGCACGGGACGUAUACAUGCACGUGGUCCUGUAGGUAUUGAAGGUUUAUUGACAACAAAGUGGAUUGUUGAAGGCCAUGGUGAUGUCGUAGCUGAUUUUACUGAAGGAAGAAAACAUUUUGUUCAUGAAACAUUAAAUUUAACAGAUAAUCAAGAAAAACUAUAUGCUCGAAAAAAAACCGCCUAA